CCAGCGUUCCCUGCGUACCCGGAGCUCUCUGUACAGGCGCGUAAUCAAACAGCGGCGAGGACGAAGGGGUCUAAAUUAAAUUAAACAGCUUUAAGUUGGACUUGCCGUCAUUAUUUUGUUUGCUAGACGAUUAUCGGUGUUUAAAUUGCAUUUAUUUGUGGUGUUUUACCGACUUGUGUCUUGAUUCCGUUAUAAAUGCUGCGCGUGCAUGCGGUCACCCGACGCGGCUACGCACUGGCAGCUUAGCGUGCUAUCAGGCUAAGUCGGGCCAUUAAACGUUAUUUAACUUCGCACUUUAUUUUAUAAAGGGUUAUCCCGGGCGGCGCGAUGUCGGGGUUUAAUUUUUCGUCUGGAACUCCCGGGGGGUUUUCAUUCGGAGGUGUGACCAGCACCACUGGGGGGAGCACAGGAGGCUUCUCACUGGGGGGGCUGGGCACUGCCACCACCAGCACCACCACAUCUUCGUUGGGCCUGGGAGGGGGGCUGUUCGCACAGAAACCCACCACUGGCUUUUCCUUCGGGACCUCAGCAACAGGUACUACUGCUCCAGCCACAGGUCUUACCUUGGUCACCACCCCAGCUGCGGGUUUCACACUGGGCUUCAACAAACCUGCUGCCUCCGCCACACCCUUCUCCCUGACAGCCUCGUCUGCCCCUACUGGCCUGACCCUCAGCUCCGCCCUCACCUCCACAGCGCCUCAGGCCAGCUCCACAGGGGGGUUCACCCUUGGGGGCAAUGCCCCUGCUUCCACCAGCUUCUUCGGUAACACAGGCAGCACUGGUCUGGGCCAGUCUUCUCUCACCUUGGGCUCUGCCUCGGUCUUGGGCUUGGGCUUGGGCUUGGGCUUAGGCUCACUGACAUCGUCCACCUCCACCACCAGCACCACUACGGCCUCCAGCAGCAUUGGUCUUGGGGGCAUCGAUUUUAGCGUCUCCUCUGAGAAAAGUGACAAGUCCUCUGGGGCUCAACCAGAGGACAGCAAGGCCCUGAAAGAUGAAAACCUCCCUCCAGUCAUCUGUCAGGAUGUUGACAAUUUCCAGAAAUUUGUAAAGGAGCAGAAGCAGUUGCAGGAGGAUAUCAGCCGGAUGUCGUCCAAGGCCAUGCUGAAGGUGCAGGACGACAUCAAGAGCCUAAGGCAGCUGCUUUCUGUCAGCGGCAGUGGGCUGCAGAGGAGCGCACUAGCCAUCGACAAGCUCAAGGUGGAGACGGCACAGGAGCUGAAGAAUGCGGACAUCGCCCUGCGCACACAGAAGACCCCACCAGGCCUGCAACAUGAGAACACCGCCCCUUCAGACUACUUCCGGGGCCUGGUGGAGCAGUUCGAGGUGCAGCUGCAGCAGUACCGGCAGCAGAUUGAGGAACUAGAGAACCACCUGGCAGCGCAGGGCAGCGGCUCGCACAUCACCCCGCAGGAUCUGUCCCUAGCCAUGCAGAAGCUGUACCAGACAUUUGUGGCGUUGGCUGCACAACUGCAGUCAGUGCAUGAGAAUGUAAAGAUCCUGAAGCACCAGUACCUGGGCUACAGAAAGGCUUUCCUGGGCGACUCCACAGACGUGUUCGAGUCACGCCGCGUGGCCGGCAGGAAGUGGCAGAGCGCACCUCAGGUCACCACGGGCCCCACCCCCUUCGGCGGCGUUCCCAAUGCAGCGGCUGUUGCCAUGGCAGCCACGCUAACGCAGCAGCAACAGCCCGCCCCAGCGUUCGGUGGCGGCCCCAGCUUCGGAGGAGUCACGGCACCCGGCUCAUCUUUUGCCUUCGCCUCCGCCAGCAAGCCAUCCGGGGGGAGCCUGAGCGCAGGAUUUGGCAGCUCCAACACCUCCGGCUUCAGCUUCAGUAAUCCAGGCAUCACAGCCUCAGCUGGCCUCACCUUUGGCGUCUCCAACACACCCACUGGUGGCCUCGGUGUGGGGGCACCCCUCCUGCAGCUCAAGAAGCCGCCUGCGGGCAAUAAAAGGGGCAAGAGAUAGAGAGCGAGGCCUCGGGGGGUGGGGGGUACAUCUGCCACAGGAAGUGUUUAUUUUUAUAUUCACCCAGCAGCCCGGGGGCAGCAGCUGCAGGAGAAAAGGGAAGGAGCAGAGAGCAUUCUGUUUUUUCUGUUAUUCUAGCUCAUUUGA